AAUCUCGCGAAAAGAAGAAAACUCCGUGUGUUACGCGAACGCGGGUGUGAUUCGUGUUGGUUAGAAGUCCAUUUCGUGGAGAAAAGCAGGAAAAUUUCUUCGCUUUUCGACCUCUCUCUCGUUCGGAAGUAACGUGCUAGUGCCACCGUGAAGCCCGGGUCCGGAAUCGUUGAGAUGGAGAUCAGUAAAACUACCAUCGGGAUUGCAGCCGGCGUUGCCGGAACGCUGUUCCUGGGCUACUGCAUCUACUUCGAUCACAAGCGCCGCAAAGAUCCGGACUUCAAAAAGAAGCUGCGAGAGAGGAGGAAAGCGAAGAAGGCUGCCUCGGCUGCUGGAGGGCCACGGACGACGAUGCCCAACAUGGCAGACCAUGAAGAAGUGCAAAGAUUUUUCCUCCAGGAAAUUCAGAUGGGCGAGGCCCUCAUCUCUUCCGGUGACAUCGAGAACGGUGUCGAGCAUCUGGCCAACGCAGUGAUCGUCUGCGGCCAACCGGCACAGCUUCUCCAAGUCCUCCAACAAACCUUGCCAGCCCAAGUGUUCACACUACUGAUCAAUCGUAUGCGGCAGUACGGCGGCGGACAGGGCGGAGGCGACAGCGAGAGGGCCAGAUUGCAAGAAAUGAACGACGAUCUGGAAUAGCUUGGAAUGUUAGAGAAUUCAUAAUAGUAGCAACAGACGGAGACUGGAGAUACCAAAUACAAACAGAGAAAUCCUAGAGUGCAGCUUCGUCUGCGGUUAUCGCCCACGCAGUUUGAUGUAUCGAAUCACACAAUAAUUAUAGAAAGAAGUAAACUAAAUCCUACAUAUGUUACAAGAAGCUUCUCGAAAGAAAGACACUGUUCAGCUGUCCGUGAUUUAUUUUCUGCACCGCGUUCAAGUUUUCUGGCAUGACAAGCGGAAUCACUAUUCCGUAAUCCACAUUGUUCGAAUGUUAACCCAUACACGAUUGUCGUGAUCGCUGAUUCUCUAUGCGUUCAAUUGUCCUUCUGUGUUGAUUUCGGGUUUGCGACGGCAAAUACCGCAAAAUUGAUAGCUAGUUAAACGUGAAACCUUAUCAAUCUACUAAUAUAAAAACGGAGUUUACUGUUAAUUCGAAUAUGCUCUGUCGAACUGCUGUCGAGUGUUCGGUACUGAAGUUCUGUAAAAAUAGAAAGUAGAUCAUAUUGCACGGCGUUGAGAAAAAAAAACCGGAAAAGCCUAUUGUUGAAUUAUGUUAAAGAAAACUUGGAUUGGUGAAUAAAAAGCUUUUAAAUAAAUUA